AUGCAGAACGUUACGAAAAUCUCGAAAAGAAAACAGGCCUUUAUAGUGAGCAAGUUAACAAGCAACUUCUCAAUAACUACCAAAAAUGGAAACUGCAAUACAACCGUCACAUCCAAGUCAUUUCUGAACUGUAUGUCCACCAAAUGUACCGAAAAGAACCCAGUACAAAAAUCUUGCUCACAGCAACGAGAAUCAAGCACUCGUGCAUUUCUAUCUACCGCUGGCUCACAAGGAAGAGCUUGCGAUGAAAAAACCAUAGAAAAACAUUUAGCUGUCCAAGCAAUGAUAAGAGGCUACCAGGUUCGUGGACAUUACCUUGCCCAAGUGGACCCUCUCGGUAUAUCAGAUCAAGUGAGCGAUUCAGAUAGAGCCGGCAGCCCCCCCAAAAUCAUCUUAGAACACCACAAGCUGCAAGAAAGCGACAUGGAUACGGAGUUCAAACUGCCACCGACUACUUCUAUAGGCGGCAAAGACACCGCCUUACCUUUAAGAGAAAUAAUUCGGCGAUUGGAACAAACCUACUGCAAACACAUCGGUUUGGAAUAUAUGUUCAUCAAUAGCGUUGAGAAGUGCGAUUGGCUGAGACAAAAAUUCGAAACCCCGAGCGCAACGGACAUCAGCGCGGAUGAGAAGAGACUGACUCUUGCCAGACUAACCAGAGCUACCCAGCUGGAAAAGUUCAUGGGGCAGAAAUAUCCGAACGAAAAACGCUUCGGGAUCGAUGGUUUGGAAAUGCUCAUACCCUCCAUGAAAACGAUAAUAGAUAAGUCUACCGAACACGGCGUAGACAGCGUUAUAAUCUCGAUGGCGCACCGUGGUCGCCUCAACGUCUUGGCCAACGUAUGCCGCAAACCUCUACAUCACAUUUUCACGCAAUUCUACGGAUUGGAAGCCGCCGAUUUGGGCUCAGGCGAUGUCAAAUACCAUCUGGGCACCAGCAUCGAUAGACUCAAUCGGGUAACGAACAAACACAUCAGAAUAGCACUGCUGGCCAAUCCUUCUCACCUCGAAGUAGUAGCGCCCAUCGGCCAAGGCAAAGCUAGAGCCGAACAGUUCUUCAAGGGAGACAAAGAGGGUAAGACGGUUUUAUCCAUCAUACUGCACGGUGAUGCCUCGAUGUGCGGCCAAGGGGUUGUAUUCGAAACGUUACAGCUUACGGAUUUGCCUGCUUAUACCACUCACGGAGAAAUCCACAUUAUCGUAAACAACCAAGUUGGUUUCACGACUGACCCUCGUUUCGCAAAAUCUUCUCGUUAUUGCUCCGAUGUCGGCAAAGUAGUGCAUGCUCCGAUCAUUCAUGUGAAUGCUGACGAGCCAGACAGUGUGAUCCACGUUAGUAAAGUUGCUGCGGAAUGGAGAGCUAAAUUCGCGAAGAGCGUUGUAAUAGACUUGGUUGGAUACCGAAGAUUCGGACACAAUGAGGUGGACCAACCAAUGUUCACUCAGCCUUUGAUGUAUCAAAAGAUUAAUACAAUGAAGAAUUGCAUGGAUAAAUACUCAGAACAACUAAUCAAAGAACGCAUUGUUACCAAAGAAGAAGUGAACGAUGUUCAGAGCAAGUACGAAAAAAUAUGUCUAGACGAGUUUGCCAUCGCAAGUAAACUAACUCAGAUAAAGAACCAAUGGUGGUUAGAUAGUCCUUGGAAAGGAUUCUUCAAAGGUAAAGAUCUACCAGCCGAUUGCAAAACUGGUGUCAAAGAAGAAACUUUAAUCCAUAUUGGCAAGCAUUUUUCUUCGCCUCCCAAAGACACCAAGUUUAUUAUCCACGAAGGACUCCUACGUGUUCUGAAAGCUAGAAUGCAUCUACUAGAAGAAAAGAAGGUGGACUGGGCUACAGCCGAGGCUAUGGCUUUUGGAUCUUUGCUCAAAGAUGGCAUCCACGUCAGGCUCUCCGGAGAAGAUGUCGAGAGGGGAACGUUUUCGCAACGGCACCACGUUCUUCAUCAUCAAAAAAUCGAUAAAGCUACUUAUCGCCCUUUGGACAAUCUAUAUCCCGACCAAGCACCUUACACGGUGUGCAACAGUAGCCUCAGUGAAUACGCUAUACUGGGUUUCGAACACGGCUAUUCCUUGGCGAACCCAAACUGUCUGGUUCUUUGGGAGGCAGAAUUCGGGGACUUCUCCAAUGUAGCACAAUGCGUUAUCGACCAAUACAUUUCGGCUGGAGAAAUAAAAUGGAUACGUCAGUCUGGACUGGUGAUGCUUUUGCCACACGGAAUGGAAGGUCAAGGGCCGGAGCAUUCGAGCGCUCGUUUGGAAAGGUUCCUUACGAUGGCUGCGGAAGAUCCUGACACUUUACCACCUGAUGGUGAAGACGUAGCUAUGCGCCAGCUUCACGACACCAACUGGAUCGUUGCCAACCUAACAUCACCUGCCAACUAUUUUCACAUCCUACGGAGACAAAUAGCUCUUCCUUUCAGAAAACCACUGAUCAUAAUGUCAGCUAAAGGACUUUUGAGACUCCCUGAAGCAAGAAGUUCAAUUAGCGACAUGACUGAAGGCACCGAGUUUCAGCGCAUCAUACCAGAACAGGGACCGGCAUUCCAAAAACCAGAGAAGGUUGAAAGGUUGAUUUUUUGCAGUGGAAGGGUGUUUUAUGAUGUUGCGAAAGCUAUAAAGGAGAAAAAGUUGAAUUCGAGAAUCGCUUUGACCCGAAUCGAGCAACUAGCACCAUUUCCGUUCGAUUUAGUUAAAAAAGAGUGUGAAAAAUAUGGCAAAGCUCAGAUUGUUUGGGUACAGGAAGAGCACAAAAACCAAGGUGGUUGGAGUUUUGUGGAACCAAGAUUAGAAACUAUUCUGGGUUCCAGCAGAGGAGUGUCUUAUGUAGGAAGACCUGUAUCUGCAAGUCCGGCAACAGGAAAUAAGCAGCAGUAUCUGAAGGAGCUUGCCAAUUUCCUACAAGAAGCUACUGCAUUCUAA